GACUGGAGUUUUCUAGCACCAUUUUAAAUCAGUUAUGUUGAUGGGGCAUGACACCUCUUAGUCAACACAGAGAGAAAGGGAGACCUCAGCCAUCAAACUGUUCCAGCUAUCUCCAGAAUCUCAUGUUAUGGCAACUCUGCCUAGGGCUAGGGGAAUCAGGUGCUCCCCGCAGCCUGGCAACCAUCACCUCUCUGUGGGCGUAACAACAACCCGCUGCCCCUAGAGUAACAGGGCCCUGUGGAGCUGCUGGGAGAUGCAGUGUCUCUACACUGAUCACUGAUGUGAAACAGAGGCGUUUCUCUGUUUCGUAAAAACAGCCCAGCAGCAAACUGCGCACACACAAAGCCCCGCACAGCAGCUUUCAUCACCUAAUACAGAGCUUCCCUGUCGAUAUGAGCACACAGGGUAUUGAGACAGAUGUUCUGGGGCCCAGUCACAGCCCGUCUGAACCAAACACUGUGGCUGGAACUGAACAGGACUACUGCCUCUACCUGCACAGGCUGUUCGGGAAGGAGACAGCUGAGUACUUCCUCAACCCAUCUCCUGUCCACACUUCCUCACCCACCUGGUACACACUACUGAUGAAGAACAUGGGAGAUGAGGUGAGUGCCGAGGCCCUGUGGGACAACUUGAGAGAACACUCCACCAGACGACUCAGAGACCUAGAGGAGAAGGAGGAAUCUGAGUCUCUUGAGUUGGUGAAAGUCUCUGUGAACCAGGAUGGACAGAGAGAGCGGGGUCACCUACAGCACCUGGCAGGGGUCAGGUAUAUGUUCAACCUGGCCCAGCUCCACCAGGUUUACUCUGCCCAUGUUCUCUCCCUCAACCAUCCAGCUCUGCUCCUAGAUGACCUGGAGGAGCUCGAGGGACCACAUAGUUACCUACCUAUCUCACAAAUAAACAGGUGAAGGGAAACCUAGCAUUAUUAAAUAAGCAUUAGCUAGUGCUAUUGGUAAUAUAACUACUGUUUAUUAUACUUCCAAAAGCCUUGCUAAUUGAAAAUCAUUUAAUCAGAUGUAAAGACCAAACUUGGGUCAGAGUAUCAUGCAUCUUUUUAUAUUUGUGUUAUUAAAUGUGCUUAUGCUGUGUUAUUCGUAUUGAAACAAAAAUCCCUUUGUGUCAGUGAAAUUUGAAUUUGUGUGUAAUGCUGGGUCAAAUAUUCCACAAGAGGGCAGUCCCAGAUUAAGAGGAUGAAUGUUUAGUUGAAUUUAUGAUGGUAGUUUUCACUUUAAUAUGACAAGCUGUACUUUCAAAAUUGUAUUUCUAUAAUUUCCACUAAUAGUUUUCAACAAAUAGUCAUUAUUUUAUUUGUGAAACUGUGUAUUAUUUUGUGAGUUUGUAAUUAAAAGUGACACGUGGCAAGUGUAAUUGAUUGAA